CUCAGAAGCUGUUUGAAUCAUUUGCCAGUACUUGUCAAGAUGACCGCCUCUACCGACAAGCUGAUCAGUCCCUCCUGUAUCGGCCACUUCGGCCUGCGCACCACCCCCGAAAGGUUCGAUGAGAUGGUAAAAUGGCACCUGAAUUUUUUCGGUGGUACUAUCACUCUCCGCAACCAAAAGGCUGCCUUUAUCGCCUAUGAUGACGAGCACCACCGUCUGGUCAUCGUCAACGACCCGAGCCACAGGCACGUCGACGACCGGAAGACGGCCGUGGGAAUAUAUCACAUUGCAUUCUCACUCAACAGUCUCUCCGAUUUAGUGAGGAGCUACGAACAGAAAAAGGCGCUAGGGAUCCUGCCGCAUUGGCCUGUGAACCACGGCAUGAGCACGAGCAUGUACUACUUCGAUCCGGACGGAAACGAAUUCGAGUUACAGGUGGACAAUUUCCGGACCCCAAAAGAAGCAGUGGAGUUCAUGGCGAGUGAGGAGUACGCGCAGAAUCCGAUUGGGGUGGAUAUUGACGUGGAUGAGUUCAUUCGGAGAGUGCGCAGUGGCGAGGAUGAGGCGGAGAUCAAGAAGCGGCCAGUGAUCGGACAGCGCUUGUCUCGCUGGGAGAAUUCGAUCUACUUCAAGGAGUAGUCAGUCUGACUAUCUUACGAUUACCAUUUUGGAUAGGAUGGGAGAGGACGCGGGAUUGCGAAUCAACCAGGGUUGGAUUGCGUUGAACAAUGUUUUCUCGUCAUUACUACUUUAUCAGUGUACAUAGCUGAAUGCGUCAGCGGGGAGACCAGCAGAUGUAUUGUAUAAACCAGAAAUUGGAGUUUCGUCUAUUCAACUGAAA